AGAGCGGGGCGACGGGAGUCGUGGGGCGUGCGGGGACGGCAGCCAUGGCUGACGAGAUCAGCAAGGCGCAGGCCGCCCGCCCCGGCGGCGACACCAUCUUCGGGAAGAUCAUCCGCAAGGAGAUCCCCGCCAAUAUUAUCUAUGAGGACGAGCAGUGCCUUGCGUUCCAUGAUAUUUCACCCCAAGCUCCAACACAUUUCCUAGUGAUCCCUAAGAAGCCAAUUGUCAGGUUAUCUGAAGCAGAAGAUUCUGAUGAAUCUCUUCUUGGACAUUUAAUGAUUGUUGGCAAGAAGUGUGCUGCUAACCUGGGCCUGACCAAUGGAUUCCGGAUGGUUGUGAAUGAAGGGCCUGAGGGUGGGCAAUCUGUCUAUCAUGUACAUCUCCAUGUUCUGGGUGGUCGUCAGUUGGGCUGGCCUCCUGGCUAAGAUCUUUACACCACAGGAGUUAACUGCAUGCAUACAAGUUACCACCAAAUAGAGUUAAUGUGUUGUCCAUCAAUCUAGCCACUGUUAAUGUAUUUUUAUUUUCUGAAUUUGUGUCUACAAACACUCGCACAAUAAAGAUUUAGCAUGUGGGAAUCA